CCAUACAAUUGUGAUGUUUGUAAAAAGUGUUUUUCCGUACAAAGUUCAUUAACUGCUCACAUGAGAGUUCAUACUGGAGAGAAACCUUAUCAAUGUGAAGUCUGUAAAAAGUUUUUUUCUCGGUCAGAAAGUCUUAUUGAGCACAGGAGAAUACACACUGGAGAGAAACCUUAUAAAUGUGAUGUUUGUAAAAAAGGUUUUAAAACAACAAGUUCACUUUCUGUUCACAGGAGAAUUCAUACUAGAGAAAAACCUUAUGAAUGUGAUGUUUGUAAAAAGUGUUUUACUGAAGCAAGUGGGAGAGAUAUUCAUAUGAGAGUUCAUACUGGAGAGAAACCCUACCAAUGUGAUGUUUGUAAAAAGUUUUUUUCCGUACAAAGUUCAGUAACUGCUCACAUGAGAGUUCAUACUGGA